GUCGAAAUGCCCGUGGAAGGCGACGACGGCGGCAUUUGGUAUUUUGACAUACGCGGAUCACGAUCGUAAUGGACUUGGUGCUGGACUUUGCCGACAAGACAUUCCUGACAGAGCACGUGUACCCGUCGUGGAUGCCAGCGGACGACAUUGGCCGCCAGAGUCUGUCACUGUUUGUCAUCACGGCGGUGGGAGGGUAUGCGCUGUACUUGGGGUUUGCCUGCCUCAGCUACCUCUUUAUCUUUGACAAAACCUACGAGCAACAUCCUAAGUUCCUGAAGAACCAAAUCCGCCUCGAGCUCCAAGUCGCGUGUGGCUCCAUCCCGUUCAUGACGCUGUUGACCCUGCCAAUCUUCGUCGCCGAAGUCCGCGGCUACAGCUUUCUGUACGACGACGUCAGCGAUUACGGCUACGGGUACCUCGCGUUCAGCGUUGCCAUGUUCAUGUUUUUCAAUGACAUGAUGAUUUACUGGAUUCACCGACUCCUCCACCACCCUCUCGUGUACAAGCACAUCCACAAGCUUCACCACAAGUGGCUCGUCCCGACGCCAUUUGCCAGCCACGCAUUUCACCCCGUCGAUGGUUUUCUCCAGUCGGCGCCGUACCACAUCUUUGUCUUUCUCAUGCCGCUGCACAAAGUGGUGUACCUGGGCUUGUUUGUCCUGGUGAACUUUUGGACAAUCUCGAUCCACGACGGCAAUUUCCUGAUGGAUAAAAUGCCCGCCUGGUUGGAGCUGAUCGUGAACGGCGCCGCGCACCACACGGACCACCACUUGUACUUCGACUUCAACUACGGGCAGUACUUCACGCUGUGGGACCACCUCGGCGGGUCGUAUAGGUCGCCCAGUCCGUUCGACCAGAAUGGUCCUCUCGACGAUGUCAAGCGUUUGCAAACAGCCCGGUCCAGCUAACUGUACCUGGUUGCAAUGAUGCCUAUUACACUUAACCCCCGAUCCAUCGCGACGUGGUGGCGGAAUCGACGCCAAAAUCGCGUCGACACCCGACGGAGCAAAUUGUACAUGCAAUCGUGGGUGGGUCGAGUCACCGUCGCCCCUCUCCCGUGCAGUGUGGUGAGAUAAUGCGCCAGAAUAAAUCAAAGCCCCAUGGUAAUUCGUCGGUGGGUCGUGGCUGCACGCCAUAACUGCAGCGACGUUGCGCUGUGAGAGACUUUGAAUUGCUGGAACCUCACGGGUAGUGUGUGUGCACGGCACUGUAUCGGUACGCCGCCCACUGCUGCGCGGAGACUGCACGGGAAGCAUGCUCGUGGACAGCAGACACUUCGUCAUGCACAGCAGCGUCGGUCGGCUGUAGACGUCGCGCCAGCUCCGCUGCAGCGUUGAGCUGAGUUUACUCGGAGUACGCAAAUAUUGUGGGACGGAGGGAGUACUGUUUUACAGUGUUUUAUUCUAGUAUACGUUGUCCAGUAUAAUUUGACUACGCAAGGGUACAAUUAUAAAAUACGAACAAAGUAUACCAUA